UUACUUGCCCUCUUGGCUGAUGUCGAAGCCCGGCCACUCGUGGGCGCCGAACGUCAAUAUCUUGCUGACGCGCAUCUUGGGCUGACAAACAUACACAGACAGACCACGCAGACACAGACAGAAAGAAAGAAUGGAACACACAAGCCGCCCGUCCGUCUGUCGCCGCCUUGCCUCCAUGCGUGUGUGUGUAUGUGUAUCCCUCCCGCCACACCGCCGCCCACUUACGUCGUUGAAGGCGUCGUUAUUGUUGAUGUUGCUGGUGAUGGUGUCGGCUGGAGGCGUCUCGCCCUCCUCCUGGUCGACAACGCUCGCCUGACGGGCAUGUAGACGCAUGCAGAAAUGACAUAUGCACAUAUAUGCAUGAGUCUAGUGCUCUUAUGCGCAGUUCACCGUCUUGUGAUUCUUCUUGCGAUUCUUCUUGUUGUGCUUCUUCUUCUUGUUGCUCUACAGAGAAAGACAAGACACACACAUGGACAAGGAGACAAGGAACCCAUCCACACAGAGAAGGCCAAGACUCACUCACCUUCUGUUGCUUGGCCACACCACCGUCACCGUCGGCCCCGCCCUCAUCACCGUCACCGUCCUGAAUGACAAACAUACACCAGCAGGUGCAUAGAUGGAGACACAGUCGAAAUGCACACAUUUCUCCAUGACCUACUUGGUCGGUGCCAUUGCAAUGUAAGCGGGGCUGAGAGAAACGUACAAGCGGUUCAUAUGGCUCGUGUCCGUGUUAAUCCUUCUCCUUACUUGUGUGUUCUUGGUGACGUACUCGCCGACUGCAAGCACGGCGUCCUGGGUGCCCGACACGAAGAACUUGACGACGUCCCCACGCACCUGCUUGCCCCAGACGCGCACUCUGCAAACGAUGAGAAGGAAACGACAUGUGGAUGUCUCCUCUCCUUCCUGGUCUUGUGUCCAUCUGUCUGCCAAAUCACUGACUGGAAGGGGGCGAAGUCCAGCUUGUUGAACUCAGCGAAGGUUACCUCCAUCUUCAGCAU